AAAAUGAAGGGAGUGAAUCCAAAACUGUUUAAUAUUUUGCUGCUAUACCUUCCUCUACAGUUCUCUGGCGUCUACUGUGUAAACUGGUUAGAAUGGUGGACUUAUGAUGGUAUUUCUGGUCCCAGCUUCUGGGGGCUCAUUAAUCCAGAGUGGGCUUUAUGCAACCAGGGUCAACGACAGAGCCCUGUGGAUAUUGAGCCUAAACUUGUACUGUAUGACCCUCAGCUCCCAGACCUAUAUAUCACACCAAGCAAAGUUCGGGGGAAAGUUGUGAAUACCGGACACACAGUUUCAUUUCUGGUUGAACCAGGAAACCGCCAUCUUGUAAAUGUCAGCGGAGCUUCUCUUUCAUACAAUUACCAGGUCUGGCAAAUAGAUUUACAUUGGGGGGAUGAAGGGCCUGGCAGUGAGCAUACUAUAGGAGGAAAACAGUUUGAUGGAGAACUGCAGAUCAUUGGAUAUAAUGGAGAACUGUACAGUAAGGAGAAGGAUGCGCUAUCCUCCCCUCAAGGAGUUGUUGGGAUUGCAGUUCUACUCAAGGAGGGGGAAAUAACAAACCUUGAAUUGGAAAAACUAAUUGACGGAGCAGGGAAAAUUAAAUAUGCAGGUGACGAGGAACCUCUUUCUGAUCUACAAUUGACAAAGCUUCUUCCCGCAACUACAGAAUUUGUUACAUAUGAGGGCAGUCUUACAAAACCAGGUUGUCAGGAAUCCGUUGUUUGGAUAAUUCCCAACAAACCAAUCUAUUUAACUAAACGUCAACGAGAGCAUCUCAAACUAUUAAUGCAGGGAACAAAAGAGGAUCAACGUGGGCCUCUGGCAGGAAACUUUAGACCUGAACAGGGACUAAAUGGUCGUCUUAUCAGGACAAAUAUUAAUCUAAAUAAGAGAAAGGAUGCAGAAUGCGAGAUGAAUCCAUUAUUUCAUUUUGAAGCGAACAAAUAGUUUUUAACUUUUUGGUUAGAAAAUUUUUAACAUUUCACAUUAUACACAAUUUGGUGAAAGCAUAUAAAAAGAUUGGAGAAAUAAAAGUAAAUAUUCUGUUCUUGAAAAAUCUUUUCA